AACAACUGACAGUUUUCCAGAAUUGGUUUUCUAGCAGACAAGAUGUGAACUCCUAAAAAAGGCAGGAACAGACAAGAGAAGCAUUUUACAUAUCAGCUGUGAUGGAGAGUUGGAAACCUAAUCCCAAGGCCCAGCCAUUUGUGCCAAAGAGACAUCACCAUGGGUCCCUUCUGCCUCACAGGUCCCAUGUGUCCCAGUCCAAUAGGAGACGUAUGCUAACCAGAGUUUUUCAGGCUGGCUUGAUUAUAGUUCUGGUUGUAACAGUUGGCAUCAAUCUGACAUUCAUAUUAAACACAAGUCACAAACUACAGUCUACCCAAUCCACCUCAGGUCCUCCAUAUGUUCCCAGCAAAGAUGAAUUUGCCAACAGUGCUGGACGUAAACCACUGGAGAAGCCCAAAGUGUUGGCCCUGGACAUUAUGUCUUCACAGAGCAAGGUCUCUGUUACUGUAGAUGGAGCCACGAUCUUAGAAGAUGCAGCACCAGGGGCUCAUGGCCGAGGUAUCCAUGUUGUAGUUCUCAACCAAGCCACGGGUGCAGUGAUGGCUGACCGUGUGUUUGACACCUACUCCAAAAAGGAAGAUGAAGCAUUAAUGUUGUUUCUCAACAUGGUCACUCCAGGAAGAAUACUCAUAUUUACUAUAAAAGAUGAAGGUUCCUUUAGUCUCACACACCGUGCUCGAGACUACCUGGUAGCUGCAGGCAGCACUAAGGUUAAGGGUCUUGAAUACAGGGACACAUGGGCAAUGGUCACAUACAAAGGGGAUGGUAAAGCUUUAGCAGAAGACCACAACCAUUCUGAUAACUUCCAGGAGUGGGCAGAAGCCGUGCUGCUCAAGGUGGAUGUACCACUCAAGGAAAAAGAAGAACGUGGUUGUGACUGGCCUGAUGAUGAAGUGAACAAAAGACGCAGAUCAUUUUGUGACAAGGUGGAAGGCUAUGGGAGUGUCUGCAGCUGCACUGAUCCGGCUCCUAUCACUUUUCAACCAGACACUAUUUCCAACAACAAAGUAUCUGAUAUCCCAGUAGCAGUGAUAGCCAGUAACAGGCCACAUUAUCUCUAUAGAAUGCUGAGGUCUCUAUUAUCAGCUGAUGGUGCCAACCCCAACUUGAUUACAGUGUUUAUAGAUGGUUAUUUUGAGGAACCAUUGGAAGUGACCAAGCUUUAUGGCUUGCGUGGAGUCCAGCACACACCACUGGGGAUCAAGAAUGCCAGAGUUUGUCAGCAUUAUAAAAGCAGCCUGACUGCCACUUUCAAUUUACAUCCAAAUGCUAAGUACAUGAUCAUUAUAGAAGAAGACAUGGACAUAUCUCCAGAUUUCUUUGAUUAUUUUAGUCAAACACUGCCAUUAUUAGAAGAAGAUGAGAGUUUGUACUGUGUAUCAGCAUGGAAUGAUCAGGGUUAUGAUGACUCCUCCAAGGACCCCAGCCUCUUAUACAGAAUAGAGACAAUGCCUGGGCUAGGUUGGUUGCUGAAGAAAAAAUUAUACAAGGAAGAGCUGGAAUCAAAGUGGCCAACCCCAGAAAAACUGUGGGAUUGGGACAUGUGGAUGAGAAUGCCUGGACAGAGGAAGGACAGAGAAUGCAUUAUCCCAGAUGUAUCAAGAACAUUUCAUUUUGGAUCUGUUGGACUAAAUAUGAACCCAUACUUUCAAGAAAGCUAUUUUAGCAGACAUAAAAUGAAUACACAGGCUAAAGUCAAGUUAAAAGCCAUAGACAAAAUGAAGAAAGAUGAGUAUGAAAAGUUACUACAUGACAUAAUACAGAGGGCCACAGUGCUGGAUCACAGUGUAGACCCCUGCAAUGAGUCAUUUAUUCCCGAUGUCAAAGCAGAUGUCACUCAUGUCUUAUAUAUCAAGAUGGAUCAUGCUUCUGAUUUUUCUACUUGGAAAGGAAUAGCCAAGUGCUUGAAACUAUGGGAUCUUGAUAUUCGAGGAUUCCACAAGAGUACAUGGAGACUGUUCCAGAAAGGAAAUCCAUUCAUUGUGGUGGGCACCCCAGCAGCACCAUACUCAAAAUACAAACCAGCUGAAGUUGUACCUCUCUAUAUCCCUCCACCAACAACUGCACCAAAGAAAGUAUAGCACAUUGAUUUACAAUACAACACAAGGGGAAAGGAAAACAAAUUGAAAGAAAUGAAUGCAGCUUGUCAUGAUUGUGAUAGUUGUGCUUACUGUAGCAUUCUAAACUGUGGAUGAGACUCCAUAGAAGAUGUAGAUCAGUUUCAGAAGACUUUGUCAACAUCAGAGAAAUAGUGAAUCAGUUAGGCAGAAUUUGGAGAGAGCAAAGUGAAUUGUGAAGUAAUAUUUUUGUGCCAUGAUGUAAGACAGUACUUUUUAUGUUUUGUAAGAUAGGUUUUCAUUCCAUUUACAUGGACCUGAAAAGUAUUUUUACAGCUUAAUUUUUUUUUUCAAAAAAUAUGUUCGUCAUUUAUCAAAAACCAUCAAAUUAUGAGUAUACAAUAUAAAGCCAUGUUGUUUUUUUAAUGUGUCAGCGUGUUAAGGAUUAGGGCUGCAAAAGAAUUUUGUUACUGACAUGGUUAGGUAGAAAGGCAAACUUUCAGUAAGUUUAAUAGCUUGUUUUGUGCAUUUGUAUGAUUUCCUAUUUUUGUCCUUUGUCCUUGCUAUUUCUCUAAUUUGUGAUAUAAGCUAAAGAUCUGUUACAUGUCAUAUCUUUGUGCAUACAAGACAAGACUGCUAAAGACAAGAAUUCUCAUACAAUGAGCAAUAAAUAUUUUAAUGCCAAGAGUGCAUUAGAGUGUGAUAUACGUAUAUAUAAAUAUGAAUGUUUAAAGCACUUGUGGACAUUCAAAAACUGAUUUGUGGACAUCUUAAAACAAUUGUGUUGGGCAUUUCAUGAAUGUAUUGAGGUGUAUUCACAGUAUGUUAAGUUAGGUGCUCUUAGUAAGUGGCUCAGUAGUUUAGAAUGUACCAGAUAAUUGUGAGAAGAUGGAGAUUGAUCUUUCUUCCCAGCAUAAGUCAGUAACAUACAGCAUUUUAUACUGUAAACCUAGAACAGAUAUUUUGUAUUUGACAUUCCAUAUUUAGUCUUAUUUUAUUGGAUUUUAGCAUUAUGCAAUUUACAACAUACUUCAGGAAGUAAUGGUUUUGUUAUUAUUAGUUGUUAUAUUGGUGUUGAUAGUAGAACAUGGCAAUCAGUUUUUUUUAUUUGUGUGUGUGUGUGUGCACAGCUUGGAAACUGAUUUCAGACUUACACCAGUGCAUAGUUUAAAUGGAUAUCACAGCUUGAUAAGAGAACCUCUGAAUGUAGACAUUUUGAUCAUGUAGUUAGCUUCUUUGUGCACCUCUGAAAUGAAGCAUUAAAUCUAGACUGUUAGACAAUCUGAAUUAUUGUCAUAAUUUUUAAUUAUAAAUGUGAUGAUUAAGUAUUGGGAAAAUAAUAAUGAAGUCAAAAACUGUAAAAUA